AUGUCAGCCCUAGGUGGGCCGUCUAGGUGUGGCUGGGUCCUGGGGCCAUCUCUGGACAAGAUCAUCAAGAACGUUGCUUGGAGAAAGCAUUCGCAGCUCGUUGCCUCCUGCAAAUCAGUUCUCGACAAGCUCCAAUCCCUCGCAGACUCCGAAUCUGAUCCCGGUUCCUGCACCCCAAUCUACGGCUAUUCUCCUUCCGAUGCUGAAUUGGUGCUCCAACCCCUCAUUAUGACCCUCCAAUCGGGCUCCCCCAAGGUCGUCGAGCCAGCUCUUGAUUGCGCUUUCAGAUUAUUCUCCUUCGGCUUCAUUCGCUGCGAGAUCGAUCGUUCCGAUGAUGGAACUGAUAGCCACGGAUCCUCCCUCAUCUUCCGUCUCAUCGAUUCUGUAUGUAAGUGUGGUGGAAUGGGUGAGGAGGGGAUUGAGCUGGGCGUGCUCAAGACCUUGCUUGCUGCUGUUAGAUCUCCAUCUGUGUUGAUCCGCGGUGAUUGUCUUGUUUACAUUGUUAGGACCUGUUACAAUGUGUACCUUGGAGGGCAGAAUGGGACCAACCAGAUCUGCGCUAAGUCAGUUCUCGCCCAGAUGAUGAUCAUUGUUUUCACCAGGGUCGAACAGGACUCGAUGUUCGUCAAUUUUCGUACUGCGUCUGUCGCUGAAUUAUUGGAAUUUACUGAUAGAAACUUGAAUGAAGGGAGUUCUAUACAAUUUGUUCAGAAUUUCAUCAAUGAGGUUGUAGAAGCCAACGAAGGGGUUUCUGAUCCAGAGCAGCGGCCGGAAUUGCAGAAUGGGGAUAAUUCGGUUUCUAGAGCCAAAGAAGAAAAAAUUGAAUUGGGCAACGGGGAUUUGAAUGAGGGGGCCAAUCUGGGUGAUUAUACUAAGAUCAGGGAAGAUGGUUUUAUGCUUUUCAAGAAUUUGUGCAAAUUAUCAAUGAAAUUCUCAUCACAGGAGCAUCCCGAUGAUCAAAUUCUCUUGAGAGGGAAGAUAUUGUCUUUGGAGCUGCUAAAGGUCAUCAUGGAAAAUGCUGGACCGGUAUGGCGCACAAAUGAGAGGCAAGUUAUUCAAUGUUUUUCAAGAGUUUUCAACUUGAACCUGUAUUCUUCUCAGUACCAUAUUUUCUUGAGUUCCUGUUUCUGUCCCAAUCUUAAAUUUUUAUCUGGGGAUCUUUGUUUGAACUGUCAUGGUCUGGGUCAUAUUUCUGCACUUCCUGUGAAAUCUGACAAGAAGGGGUUCUGGAAUCACAUCGUGGAGAUAUCAUGGCAUGCAAGCAAAACCCCCAAAAUGGAACAAUGUUCAUCUUAA